AUGCCUUCCACUUUAUCCUUACUAGCACAUAUGCGCCCGUGCAUGCGACCGCAAGGAGUCCGACCCAGCGCAAUUCGCAGUUUCAGCAUUUCUCAGCGUCUCCGCUCUCCAGAUGCAUCCUCGGUAGCCUCGUCAUUCCUAUCGCGGUUCCAGACCCUAGGACCGCAAACCCGUACACAAACGAUAGACGCGAACCAGCUUCAACUUCUUAGCCUCACUAUCAACCGCCCAACUCUCUUCCCGGGGGCCCCCUCGCUCUCCAAUGGCGCAUCCGCCCCGCAAACCGGGGUCCCCGUGCCGCCGGGCUACCAUCUCGCGUAUUUCACGCCCGCAUUCAUGGAAAGCGAACUCGGGGCUGACGGUACCGAUGCUUCGUACAAUCCCGAUGCGCCAUUCACGCGACGCAUGUGGGCAGGCGGCGAGGUACUGUGGCCGCGCGUGGAUGGGGAACCCAAUCCCUUGAGGGUAGGGCAGCAGGUGCAAGAGACGACACGGGUGCUGAGCGCCGAGGCCAAAGUUGUGAAGAAGACCGGCGAAGAUAUGAUUGUGGUUGGAGUAGAGAAGGAAUUUGCCAACGAGUACGGCGUGUCGAUUAUUGACCGACGCAACUGGGUGUUCCGUAAAGCACUACCUGUUCCAUCAGCAUCCACACCCUCCGGCACUCCUUCCUCAUCAACGUCCCACAUCGCAACUCAGAAUGCUACCUCCUCCCUCAUCUCCACCGAGGGGAACACCCACACACGGACGCUGGUGCAAACACCUGUGACGCUCUUCCGUUUUUCGGCUCUGACAUUCAACGCUCAUAAGAUUCACUACUCGCUGCCUUGGGCGCGGGAUGUAGAAGGACACAAGGAUAUUGUUGUACACGGUCCGUUGAAUCUGAUCUCCAUUCUGGACCUUUGGCGUGAUACCCGCCAAAAUGUUGCCGAUCCUACCUUGGUUGUUCCGGAGCGUAUCUCUUACCGGGCAACAAGCCCGCUGUAUGCCGGGGAGGAGUAUCGAAUUGUGCUCGAGGAGGGUGAGGGGACGAAGGUGCAAAUCAUUGGACCUGGAGGAAUGGUCCAUAUGAAGGCUGAAAUUCACUGA